UCUGCUAUAUGUUCUUCCCCAUCUAUUUAUCUUAAAAAAUCCUGAUGAACGACUCAUACCUGCAGUUUCUUGAAGGGCAGAAACCUGCAAACAGCACGUCUUUGCCUCCUAAUGGCAGCACCAUUUAUCCUCCAGCAGGGGCGCUGUGCGAGCAGGUUCAGAUCCAGGCGGCGGUUUUUCUCACCUUGGGUAUUGUGAGUCUUCUGGAGAACAUCCUCGUCAUCUUGGCCGUUGUCAAAAACAAGAACCUUCACUCUCCGAUGUAUUUCUUCCUGUGCAGCCUGGCUGCCGCGGACAUGUUGGUGAGUGUUUCGAACUCUUUGGAGACCAUUGUCAUUGCCGUACUAAGCAGUCGCCUUUUGGUGGCCAAUGACCAUUUUGUGCGUUUGAUGGACAAUGUGUUUGAUUCAAUGAUCUGUAUUUCUCUCGUGGCAUCAAUCUGCAACCUCUUGGCGAUUGCCAUCGACCGCUACGUCACGAUUUUCUACGCCUUACGCUACCACAGCAUAGUGACCGUACGCAGAGCGCUGGUGGCCAUCGCUGCGAUCUGGUUGGUGUGUGUGGUUUGUGGGAUCGUCUUCAUAGUGUACUCAGAGAGCAAGUCCGUGAUUGUUUGUCUGAUCACAAUGUUCUUUGCCAUGCUGGUGCUCAUGGCCACUCUCUACGUACACAUGUUUCUUCUCGCCAGACUUCACGUAAAGAGAAUCGCAGCAUUACCCCCAGCAGCCACCAGCAACCCGACCCCACGUCAACGCAGCGGUAUGAAGGGAGCCGUGACCAUCUCCAUCCUCCUCGGCGUGUUUGUGUGCUGCUGGGCACCAUUUUUCCUCCACCUCAUUCUGCUGGUGUCCUGUCCACACCAUCCGCUCUGCCUCUGCUACAUGUCUCACUUCACCACGUACCUGGUCCUCAUUAUGUGCAACUCUGUGAUUGACCCACUCAUCUACGCCUGCCGCAGUCUGGAAAUGAGGAAGACCUUUAAGGAGAUACUGUGCUGUUUUGGCUGUCAGCCUCCACUUUAGACGAAUGUCUGAUUUGAAAGGAGACUGAUUGUACAAAGAAAAAGUUUACCUUGAUGUACGAUGCCAAAGCAUGGUGGUCAUAAUGAGGUUACAUAUCAAGAGAUAAAGAUACGGACAAAAGCAGACUCGUAGCAUUCAGAGAAAAGGACUGGAAAUUUGUUGAGCACUAUCAAGGAUUUGGAAAGCUCAGGUGCUGCAAGAAAAUCAGAGAACUGGGGGUGGAUCGAAUGUGACCUAUCGCUUGCUGAAAGGGCAGAUCAAUUAUGUGUUAGUCGUGUCUAUUAUGUG